AUGUCCAAGGUAACGGCGCCGGGGCCCGGGCCGCCGGUGGCGGCGGCGGCGGCGGGCGGGAAGGAGAAGCGCUCCUUCAGCAAGCGGCUGUUCCGGAGCGGCCGCGCGGGCGGCGCGGGCGGCGGUGGCGGCGCGGGGGGCCCCGGGCCGGCCGCGCCCUCCUCGGCGCGCUCGGUGGGCAGCUUCAUGAGCCGCGUCCUCAAGACGCUGUCGACGCUGUCGCACCUGAGCUCCGAGGGCGCCGGCCCCGAGCGCGGCGGCCUCCGCAGCUGCUUCCCGCCCGCCGCCGCCGCCGCCGCGCCCGCGCCCUGCCCGCCGCCGCCGCCCGCCGCGCCCGCCGCGCCCGCGCCUCCCGCUUGCGCCCCCGAGCCCGUGCCCGGCGUGGCGGGGCUCCGCAACCACGGCAACACGUGCUUCAUGAACGCCACGCUGCAGUGCCUCAGCAACACCGAGCUCUUCGCCGAGUACCUGGCGCUCGGCCAGUACCGCGCGGGCCGCCCCGAGCCCCAGCCCGAGCCCCCGCCGCCCGCCGGCCGGGGCCUGCAGGGGCAGGGCCAAGGCGAGGUCACCGAGCAGCUGGCGCACCUGGUGCGGGCUCUUUGGACCCUAGAGUACACCCCGCAGCACAGCCGCGACUUCAAGAGUAUUGUGUCAAAGAAUGCACUGCAGUAUCGUGGAAAUUCCCAGCAUGAUGCCCAGGAGUUUCUGCUGUGGCUUUUGGACCGAGUUCACGAAGACCUCAAUCAUGCCAUAAAGGAGAGUGGCCAGCCUCCUCUGAAGCCUCCAUCAGAGACAGAUAUGAUGCCAGAGGGACCAUCUUUUCCUGUGUGUAGCACUUUUGUACAAGAACUUUUUCAAGCCCAGUACAGAUCUUCUUUGACAUGCCCUCAUUGUCAGAAACAGAGCAACACUUUUGACCCUUUCCUCUGCAUUUCUUUGCCAAUUCCUCUGCCCCAUACAAGGCCUCUCUAUGUCACCGUAGUGUAUCAAGGGAAAUGUUCCCACUGCAUGAGGAUUGGUGUGGCUGUGCCUUUGUCUGGGACUGUCGCUAGACUUCGGGAAGCAGUGUCUGUGGAGACAAAGAUCCCCACUGAUCAGAUUGUGUUAACAGAAAUGUACUAUGAUGGGUUCCAUCGUUCCUUUUGUGAUACAGACGACCUGGAGACUGUCCAUGAAAGUGACUGCAUUUUUGCCUUUGAGACUCCAGAAAUAUUUAGGCCUGAAGGAAUUCUCAGUCAAAGAGGCAUCCACUUAAACAAUAAUCUGAAUCAUUUGAAAUUUGGCCUGGAUCAUCACAGAUUGCCUUCCCCGCUACAAACAGCAGCCAAGCAGGGGAGGACGGACUUGCCCAGCUCCCGAGCAGGAAGUGACAAGAUUGUCCUGCUGGUGUGCAACCGUGUGUGCACGGGACAGCAAGGGAAGAGGUUUGGAUUGCCUUUCGUCCUGCACUUGGAGAAGACAGUGGCAUGGGACCUUCUGCAGAAGGAAAUCCUGGAGAAGAUGAAGUAUUUCUUGAGGCCCUCAGUUUGCAUUCAGGUGUGCCCAUUCAGUUUGCGUGUGGUCAGUGUUGUGGGCAUCACAUACUUGCUGCCCCAGGAGGAGCAGCCCUUGUGCCACCCGACAGUUGAGAGGGCAUUAAAGUCUUGCGGACCAGGCGGCACAGCUCAUGUGAAGUUAGUAGUAGAAUGGGACAAGGAGACAAAAGAUUUCUUGUUUGUAAACACAGAAGAUGAGUACAUCCCUGACGCCGAGAGUGUCCGUCUGCAGAGGGAGCGCCACCAGCAGCCCCAGACCUGUACUUUAUCUCAGUGUUUCCAGCUCUACACCAAAGAGGAGCGGCUUGCCCCGGAUGAUGCCUGGCGCUGUCCGCACUGUAAGCAGCUGCAGCAGGGGAGCAUCACGCUGAGCCUGUGGACGCUGCCUGACGUCCUCAUCAUCCACCUCAAGAGGUUUCGCCAGGAAGGAGACAGGCGUAUGAAACUUCAGAACAUGGUCAAGUUCCCCUUGACUGGCCUGGACAUGACACCUCAUGUGGUUAAGAGAAGCCAGAGCAGCUGGAGCUUGCCAUCCCAUUGGUCCCCGUGGAGACGGCCCUAUGGACUCGGGAGGGACCCUGAGGACUCCAUCUAUGACCUGUAUGCUGUGUGCAACCACCAUGGCACCAUGCAAGGGGGGCACUACACAGCGUACUGUAAGAACUCCGUGGACGGCCUCUGGUAUUGCUUCGAUGACAGCGAAGUGCAGCAGCUUUCAGAAGACGAGGUGUGUACUCAGACAGCCUACAUCCUCUUCUACCAGAGGCGGACUGCCAUCCCCUCAUGGUCGGCCAACAGCUCAGUGGCAGGCUCCACAAGUUCUUCCCUGUGCGAGCACUGGGUGAGCCGACUUCCAGGGAGCAAGCCAGCCAGCGUGACCUCGGCAGCCUCCUCCAGACGCACUUCCCUGGCCUCACUCUCUGAGUCUGUGGAGAUGACCGGGGAGAGGAGCGAAGAUGACGGAGGCUUUUCGACUCGACCAUUUGUGAGGAGCGUCCAGCGUCAGAGCUUGUCAUCCAGAUCUUCUGUCACCAGUCCCCUGGCUGUCAAUGAAAACUGCAUAAGACCCUCAUGGUCCCUGUCUGCCAAGCUACAGAUGCGCUCCAGUUCUCCCUCCCGGUUCUCAGGGGACUCUCCGAUUCACAGCUCUGCCUCUACCCUCGAGAGGAUCGGGGAGGCGGGGGACGACAAGGUCUCCAUCUCUUGCUUUGGUAGCUUACGGAACCUAUCUAGCAGCUACCAGGAGCCAAGUGACAGUCAUGGUCGCCGUGAGCACAAGGCUGUGGGCCGGGCCCCGCUGGCUGUCAUGGAAGGUGUGUUCAAAGAUGAGUCAGAUACUCGCAAAUUGAGCUCCAGUGUUUUAGAUGCACAAAACAAAAACUUAGCACAAGGGGAUUGCCUGCCCCCCAUCUGUCCCCCAUCUGAUCCAUUUGACAACAACAACCAGAUUGCCUAUGUAGACCAGAGCGAUUCCGUAGAUAGCUCUCCUGUCAAAGAGGUGAAGCCCCCAGGCCCCCCAAGCUCCUUUGCAAAGAAGCCCGAGAGCACAGCCAGAAGGCCCUCCAGUGCCCGAGUUGCCUCUGAGCCAGAGAAGGGUGUGCGUAAGGGGCGGCCGGCACUGGCAAGCCAGGACUCGUCUCUCUCAAGUACAUCCCCCUCCUCGCCCGUCCCUGUGAAGUCUUCUCUGAAGCCCUCCCGUUCUCGCAGCAAAGCAGACUCUGCUGCCAGGGCUAGUGGAAGGCACUCGGCUCCCGCCCAGGCCAGAAAGGACUCGUCCUCCAAGGCCCAGGACUCUGCAUCUUCUCCUUCUGCACAGAAGCAGAAGCCCGCCUCUGCCCUCGUUCACUCUGCAGCUUCCACAGCUGCCAAAAAAACUCCGGGCCCUGCCCCCAGGGGCGCUUUCCCUCCUGGAAAGAGCAGGACUUCAGACCGGAGCUUAAGCAGAGAGGGCUCCCGCCAGAGCCUGGGCUCUGACAGAGCCACUGUCAUCUCCACUUCCAAGCCCACCUCCCCGCGGGUGAGCCAGGCCAGAGCAGGUGAGAGCAGAGGUGAUGGCAAGCACGUGCGAAGCUCCUCCAUGGCCAGCCUGCGUUCCCCCAGUGCCAGCGUGCGCUCCGGCCUGAAGAGAGACAGCAAGUCAGAGGACAAGGGGCUGUCCUUCUUCAAGUCAGCCCUGAGACAGAAGGAAACGCGGCGGUCCACUGAUCUGGGCAAGACCACCUUGCUCUCUAAAAAGGCUGCUGGGGGUUCUGUCAAGUCGGUGGGUAAGAACGCCCUGGAUGACAAGUCCGAGAAAGACCACCAGCCUUCAGGUUCCCAGCAGCCAAAUGCCAAUGCGGUUGGGAAGGAGCUCAUCUCCAAGGACCCUGCUGCUGCUAAGCAUUCCCUGCUGUCCUCUCGCAAAUCCAAGUCUUCCCAGCUGGAUUCUGGAGUCCCCUCGUCUCCCAGUGGCAGGCCGGCCUCAGAGAAAGCCUCCAAAAAGUUACCUUCCAGCAUGCAAAGCUCUGCACGGCCUUCUCAGAAACCUCAGUGAUGGUUCUGUCUGUAAAGAUGCUUAUUUAUUUAGAACCCUCUCUCCCACUAAAGCCCUUUCUGCUUUUGUUUUGUAUUUUUGGGGUGUGUGUGUGUGUGUGUGUAUGUAUGUAUGUGUAUGUGUAUGUGUAUGUGUGGGUAUAUAGAAUUCCAUCACAGAUUGCUGAAAGUGUCGCCUUAUUCUGUCAUUGAACCAAAUAACAGCCAUAGGCAAAGCAUUUGCUAGCAAGCUAACUGGAGUCAUCGUAGACUACCCUGACAGUCCCUUCAGUAACUAUGCUACAUCUUUCUAGAGAACUCAGAUGACUUGUAGGACACUUAGAUUUGUUUUGAAACAUGCAAGCCAGUUGAGCCACAGUGAGUGUAUAAGAGAGGGAGUUCCCUGACAUGGCUUUCACUUGAGCAGGACCUAUCCUUGCGAGUUCUCAAUGGCACCCGGAUCUCUGAACCUGUGAUGCCAACAGGGAAAACAAGCUGAGGGGAGCCGUUGCUCUCUGCGCUGUGAGCCCAUCUUCUGUCUCUGAAGGUUGAGCUUUUCACAGUAAUGUUCUCAGGUAUAUGACCCCAGAAUGCUAGGAUGAUGUGCAUCGGUGUACAGCAUUCAGGAGGAAAGUGGUGUGGGUGACUGCCACUUUUGCUGCCACACACAGACCUUUUAGAGUGAGGCGGAAGCCUUUUUCUGCCUUCAGAGCUGCAGAGAUGACCUAUCUCCACUCCUGGGAUAUCAGAUUGCUUAGCCAGAGAGCCAGGCACGAGUUUUCUAAGUAUGGUAGCUCAGGCCACUGGGAGUUUGAACCUGUACCAGAGAGCAGUUAGACCUUCUGAAAGAUCCCUAGCAAAGCCCAGAUUCUACGCUGGUGGUGUGGAUUGCUACCAUUUCUUCCUGUGGCUGUGUUUUGUUGUUAGAGAGGAAUGCUCUGUGCUGUCCCCCUGUGCACGCUCGUGUGUCCUGUCCAGCUGCAAAAGGAGGCGGCGGCUCCUGCUGUGGGUAGCAGAGUUUUACAGAUGCACUUCAGGUCCGGCCUGGAAGUCCUGCCUGUGACUGCCUCUAGUAGAUCUCAUUUAUGUCUUUGUGUUAAAGUUGAACUUUGGAGUGGAAUUUGGAGUGUGUUGGUACAAAUUGCAAAAGAGAAACCAUAGAAAUCUCACAGAUAAACAGAAUGUUUACUUUUUCCAGCUUUGUAAUCAAUCUCCUGGCAAUACCUUACAGCUCAGUUUCUAACUUCUUCCCCCCUUUUCUAGUUUUUAAAAAAAUAUCAAGAGUUGUGGUCCUGAUUUUCCUUGAAUAGCAUUUGUUACUUUGCCAUAAACUAGAGCAUGCUGUUAUUUGCUGUUAUGUGCUUCUCUGUGUGUGUGUGUGUGUGUGUGUGUGUAUGUGUGUGUGUAUGCGCAUGUGUAUGUACACACGUGCUGCUACUGGGGCUUGAA